GGGAGAGAAAAAUCAGAAGAAAAAACAAAAAUUAAAGGUGUAUUUGAUUGGACGAAGUCCCACCAACCAGAAUGGGGGAAGUAAUAGAUAUCAUCAUCACCAUUAAGAAAGUAUUCAGAGUUAGAGCAGCAGCAGUAGGCAUGUAGCUUUCAAGAUCUUGUAUGCAUUCGCUUGCUCUGUGGGAUAUAUUUGUUGUUUUACUGAGUUCGGAUCACAAACCUCGUCACCUGCGCCCCCACCCCACUCCUAGCCCACAUCCCAACUCGCCACGUGUCACCAUGCGUCCCUUUUUGAGAUUCGUUCUGGUCCCCUCUUUGCCCUUUUCACCAUUCAGAUUCUCUCUCUCUCUCUCCCCCUUGCUGUUUCACUUGUAUGGAUUUCUUGCAAGAACACAUUUUUAUCAAGUCUUGUUUUUGAGGGAAAAUGGUUUCGCUAAGUCCCGGCACACUUCAAAAACUCUUGCAGAAUGUUGGUGAUAAAGAAUUCAGGGUCGCCGGUGAACACCGUUCCGCUCUUCUCCAGGUUAUUAGUAUUGUACCCUCUUUAGAAGAUGAUCCAUGGAAGAGCAGGGGUUACUAUCUGAGGGUUUCAGAUUCAGUGCAUUCGGCCUAUGUGUCAGUAUCCGAUGAAGAUGUGGAGUUGAUACUGAGUGACAUGGUCCAGCUGGGGCAGUUCAUCUACGUGACUUGGCUCGAUUACGGCUCCCCUGUCCCGGUGCUACGUGGCAUCAAACCGAUCACCAAGAGGCGGCCUUGUGUGGGUGAUCCUAAGGAUUUGAUUUCUAGUGAUUUCUUGAAUGCCAAGAAAGUGGAAACUAGGACAAAAUCCAAAGGGAAAGUCAAAAAAGUGGUAGGGAGCGAAGAGGGAAGUCUCAGAAGGCUCUCUUUUGGAAAUGGCAAGGUUGGAGGAGGUAUGGAGAGUAGAAGAAUGAGCUUGGAUUCAGCACGACGAGGAUGGGAUUCUGGUGUUCAGAAUAAAAAUGGCGGGAAAGGUUCAUCAAAGUCUAAACCAAAAGACACUUCUUCACCUUCACAUUCUGUUAUUGCGAAGAAGGCUCUCCCUCACGAGUCACCAAAGAGGUUGGACUUUUCACCUCUCAAAAGCAAGAACGUCAUUGUCCCACCUAAUCUUGUGAUCAAGCCAGUGAAGAGUACUAAAUUAUCGAAAGAUACUAGCUUUCCCGUUGAUUUCAAUAAGGUCGUUCUUAAUUCCAAAAAAAGGUCUGAUCUAAGAAUCUUGUGGGACGCUCUUCCUUCUACCAUAUGUGACCUCGGGAAGGAAGUUGGAAGCUACAGGAAGUUCGCAUUCACCUCUGCAGUCCGUGCACUAGAAGAAGCAUCUUUGUCUGAGUGUGUCAUUAGGUGCAUGAGCAUGUUUGCAGAGCUAUGUGAGUUAUCGGAGAAAGAUACAUGUGGUCCAUUAGUAGAACAAUUUUUUAGCGUUCAUGAGAGCAUCAAAAAGGCCUCUGAGGUUAUUAGAACCCUUACAAAUAUCAGGUCCUGUGAUGCAAAUGAUGGUACUGAUUGUAGUUCUCAAGGUUCCGAAUCAGGGAUUUGCUUCACUCCUGUGAGUAAGAACGCCUCGUUAUGGGUUCAAGCUGCAGUUGAGACUGAUCUUUCCAAAUUCUCUUUAUAUAGAAAAGGAGGCGAAAAGGGCAUCACAGAUGGUGAGAAAUGCCAUUAUGUUGUGAUAGAAAACAAUCUAGAGAAAAUUGCCACGGAGAACUGUUCUACCAAAAUCAAGCAAAGCCCCCGAAACUCAAGUAAACCAGUAUCAAAAGUAAAAGAUGAGACUUCUCAUAUGUCUCAUUCAAAAAAACGCGCCUCCACUACCAAAGGAACGUAUGCUGAAUGCCAAGCUAGGCCAUUGGGUUUAAAACAUGUGGCUAAGUUAGCUGAAAAUCUGCUCUCAUUUUCUCAUUCCUGGUUCUUGGAUUACUUGGAAGUUUCCCUAAAUCGUGGUUUUGGAUUAAGGAAGGACGAAACGUCUCAGGUAGCAGUCCUUCUUGGGCAACUUAAACGAGUAAACCAGUGGUUGGAUGGUGCAUUUAAAGGAGAUAAAGGUGAUGAGAGGAUAGAGAAGUUGAAAAAAGAGUUGUACCGAUUUCUACUUGACAACGUUGAUUCUGCAGUCUCUAACAAGUAGUGCAAUGCUUAAUAUACAGCUGACCUAACCGAGUUACAGCUAAAUCCAUUGUUGAACUGGAUUACGCUUAGUUUAGAUCUGCUGUUUGUCCAGGUUUUACUUUCUGGACUCGAUUAUUUAUCUUCAAAUCUGCUAAUUGUUACUAAUCUUAACUUAGCUUGAGAGUAGGCAUAUUGACACUCUUCGAGGAAAGAAUUGUAUAGAUUGUUGCUCUUGCUCCCACUAAAGGAAAGAUGCUCAUGUUAAUCUCUUAUGAAGUUUUA